AUGAACGCUAGCACUGAAGCUAAGUAUCCUCUUCAUGAGGCUGCUCGAGAGGGAAAAGUUUCCACGGCCGAAUCUCUCUUGAGCGCAAAUCCCAAGCUCGCUGCCACCAAAGAUGACGAUGAGCGUCUUCCCAUUCACUGGGCUGUAGCAUACAACCACUUGCCUAUUGUGGAGCUUCUCAUCUCGAACAAGCACUUUGACCCCGACGUCGAGGAUGGAUCCGGUUGGACCCCCUUGAUGAUAGCAGCUAGCUUGAAGAACGCCGAAGGAGAUCCCAUCAUUGAUCUUUUGCUGAAGAAGGGCGCAGAUGUCAGCGUUAAGAGCUCAUCCGGACAGCACUUCUUGAAGAAUGCUCUCCACUUUGCGACCUCCAAAGCCAACCUCUCCACCGUUCGCACGCUGAUCGCCAACAAAUGCAGCGCUCGGGUCAAGGAUAGACGCGGCCAGCUCGCGCUUCAUCGGGCUGCGGCUAUCGGUUCCACGCCCAUCAUCAAAGUCUUACUCGAGGAUGGCAAGAGUCCGGUCAAUGCGACCGAUAUUGACGGGCUCACGGCGUUGCAUCAUGCGAUCUCGGAGGGUCAUGGCGAUGCGGCGAUCACGCUUCUCAAGGCCGGUGCGGAGGCAGACAAGAGAGAUUCCAGCGGGAUGCUGGCAAUCGAUAUGGCACCGGAUAACAAGGUCCGAAGCUACGUCCUACAAACGGCCGAGAGAGAGGGGAUUGAUUUAUAG